AUUCAAAAGGGAGGAGUAAGGCUGUUACGUGUUAGCAAUGAAGAACAAAUCUAUUACCAAGUGGAGGGCAUCUUAAAGAGUGCAGAAACAUGCCUAAACCAAAUUAGGGCAUGAUUCAUGAGUUUGACUAAAAAUGAUUUGUUGAUCGAAGGAAUUCCAAUUAAUAAUUCUGGGAUCCUUCUUUAUGUCGGUGAGUCUUCUCAUUCUGUUCUAUCUCUAUACUUCUUCUCAAUCCGUUUCCAUCUUUUUGCUUUCAAUCUGGUUCUGCUUCUAAAUACCUGUUUGAGCCAAAAUUAGCCAAAUAUGGCAAGCACAGCAUCUUUAUCCCUGUUAUCUCCCAUGCUCUCUACACACAAACCCACAUUAUGUACCCUCAAUAACUCCAAUGGACAUAUUAAAUUCAACCCAAAUCUAAAAAAUUCAGUAUCCAAACUAUUUAACACUACCCCAAAACCUCAGUUCCUGAGAUUUCAAUACAUGAGAAAUCAAAUAAGUUCCAUGUUUACUGGCAUUGUUGAAGAGAUUGGACAAGUUAAGGAAAUGGGUACUGGUGAAGAUGGUGGAUUUCACUUGAAAGUUAGGGGGAAAAUUGUCCUCCAAGAUGUGAAUCUUGGAGACAGUAUUGCAGUUAAUGGAACAUGUUUAACUGUGACAGAAUUUGAUGCUAAUACGUCGGAAUUCACCCUUGGUUUAGCACCUGAGACGCUUAGGAAGACGACGCUAUUGGAGCUUGAACCAGGCUCACUUGUUAAUUUGGAACGAGCUCUUCAGCCUACUACAAGGAUGGGUGGUCAUUUUGUUCAGGGACAUGUUGAUGGGACAGGUGAAAUUGUAUCACUUACCGAAGAAGGAGAUUCAUUGUGGGUGAAAAUAAAAACAAGUCAAGAGAUACUCAAGUACAUUGUACCAAAAGGGUUUAUUGCAAUUGAUGGUACAAGUUUGACUGUGGUGGAUGUCUUUGAUGAAGAAGGUUGCUUCAACAUAAUGUUAGUUGCUUAUACUCAGCAAAAUGUGGUGAUACCAUUGAAAAAUGUUGGCCAAAAGGUGAAUUUAGAGGUUGAUAUAUUAGGUAAAUAUGUGGAGAGACUUCUUAGCCCCAAAUUAGCAUGAAUGAUAUGAAAUGUAUGAUUUUGAACAUGUUCUUGCUAACCAUUUUACUAAACACCUUUCAUGUAAAAUGUUGUGAGAUUUGAGUAUCUUUUUGACCGUAA